AUGGAGGAAGUAGAGGUGCUCUACUUGUUUGGCCCUAUAGCUAGUGCCCAAGUCUCAUAUCGCGGUUUUGCAGCUCGACAGAGUGGACUGACUGUUUCCCAGCCGGUGAUGACGGCCAUCUGCGACAUCACCCACAAGUUCACCGAACAGCUAGGCAAGGAGCUCCAACUGUUUGCGCAUCACGCCGGUCGAAAGUCGAUCAACAUGGACGAUGUUAUCCUGGCUGGUAAGCUGUUGUGCUGUUACUGCGGGGCUUGUGUUACUACUCGUGUUCGUUUGCAAGCAGCGCGCAGGAAUGAGGAUGUGGCCACGGCGCUCAAGGCAGCGUCGCACGAGCUGCCCGACAAGAAGAGGAAAAAGGCGCAGGGGGAGCAACAAGACAACCAUUUUCUAGUGAUCGAUUAG